AUGUCGUUCUCGUCCGACCCUCCGGAAUCUCCCAUUUACACUCUGUCUUACCCAGAAAAAGGGGUACUACUAGCAACUAUAAACCGCCCCAGGCAUAUGAACUCAAUCCCAUUCCAGGGCCACUGGGACUUUGAGAAACUUUGGACCUGGUUUGAAAAUGAAGGGUCCAUGCAGGUUGCCAUCAUUACUGGGGCGGGUGACAAGGCAUUCUGUGCUGGACAAGACCUGAUAGAGAUUGAAAAGAAUGCCAUGAAUCCUCCCCCUGAGCCUUAUUUGACAGGACACCCUAAAUCAGGGUUUGCGGGUAUUAGCCAAAGGAGAGGAAAGAAACCUAUCAUUGCCGCUGUUAACGGAUUUGCUUUUGGCGGCGGCUUUGAGAUUUGCUUAAACUGUGACAUGGUUGUUGCUUCGCCAAAGGCUCGGUUCUCUCUACCUGAAGCAAAGCGUGGCAUCUAUGCUGCCGCCGGUGGGCUGGCACGUCUAAUGCGUAUUGUCGGGCUACAGAUUGCAUCCGAAAUUGCCAUGACGGGCCGAGUUAUCACUCCUGAGGAAGGCAAAGCAUGGCAGUUCGUUAACCGUAUAUCCAAGACUCAUGAAUCGUUGAUCGAAGAGACAUUGGAGCUUGCUAGACAGAUCUCUCAACUGAGCCCCGAUGCUCUUAUUGUCACCAAGGCUGGACUUAGAGAAGCCUGGGAGACAGGAAAUGUAGAGGUUGCCGUUGGAAACACCAAGGCGCGAUAUGAUAAGAAACUCUAUGAAAGUGAGAACAUGGUUGAAGGCCUUGCCGCAUUCCGAGAGAAGAGACAACCAAACUGGGUCAAAUCGCAACUGUAA